AUGGCCAGCGGCGAGCCGGAGAUGGAGUGUCAACUUCACGAGCUCAGCCUGGGACCCAAUCCGCUGACAGGUAUCCCAAACUUUGACAGCCACCAGAAGCACAGGGAGCACAUACUGGUGCACAUGGCCGCCGCGUUCCGUAACUGGGCGCGGGUUGGCUUCACUGAGGGCAUCUCGGGCCACAUCAGUGUGCGCGACCCGGAGUUUCCCAACUACAUAUGGAUGAACCCGAUAGGAAAGCACUUUGGGCUGUUGAACGCGAAUGAUAUGCUGUGUUUUGAUAUUGAUUCCGGUGUUGUUGUUGGUGGGAACCGUGCCCGCCCCGCAAACAAACCUGGCUUCCACAUCCACGCCGAAAUCCACAAAGCCCGCGCUGACGUCCACGCAAUCUGCCACGCGCACACAAUCGCGGGACGCGCCUGGGCCGCGCUGGGGAGGCCGCUCGAGAUGCUCACCCAGGACAUAUGCGAUUUGUAUGGCGACGCCCUGGCGACCGACACAAGCUACGGCGGCAUCGUGACCGCCGAGGCGGAAGGGCGGCGUCUGGCCUCGGUGCUGGGCCCGCGCGGCAAGGCCGCCGUCCUGCUCAACCACGGCCUGAUCAGCGUGGGGCACACGGUCGACGAGGCGCACUUCCUGUUUGGACUUUUGGAUCGCAGCUGCGACAUCCAGCUGCGGGUGGAGGCGGCUUGUGCUGCGAAUCCCGACAUGAAAAAAUGCAUCGUUCCGGACGAGUUGGCCUUGUCCAACUUCCGAAUGGCUGGCGAGAAGAAUUGGCUGUACGUCGAGGCGCAAAACGAUAUUGAGUAUGAGAUCGUGAUGGCCGGAGAGGUUAUUUCCGCUGGGUUGGAGAACAUGCACGUCGAUGUCGUGAAGUCUUGA